AUGAAUACAGUACUUCCAGUGAAUGAUUCAAUCUUAAGUUCAGAUACAAAUAAAAGACUUUGUACUAGAAAAGAGCAAGAGAACAAUGUAUUUAUUAACACCAUGUCUAUUAAUAAUCCAACAAAGAAAGUGUGUCCAGGAGAUGUUAAUCCAGAACAAUGUGUUAUUUCAAAAGUACUCAAUGCAACAAUUCAUCCUCUUGUGUCUUCUUUUUUCGGUCUAGGAAAUGAUCGCAUUAUUGCCAGAUAUAAAAGUUUGAAUCCUCAAAUUGAUGCAAAUGUUUUGAGAAAUUGUUUAGAGUAUGAACCAAAAUUUUAUAAAUGGGCAGCCACUGAUUUCUUUAAUGUAAUUGAUUCGAAUGGUAAACGACAAAUGAUUAUUGUUGAAUCGGGUUCAAGUCCAGCAGGACAAGAGGCAAUGCCCUUGUUAGAUAUAAAUAAAAGACAUAAUGGAUAUAAGUUCGUAACGCAAACAGCAUUUAAACAAGCUCUAAAAGAUGCUGAUCCAUCCCUUGGAGAACUUGCUAUAGUAUGUGAUGUGGCUAGCGAUGAAGCAGAAGCAACUGGGUACGCGGCCGCAAUCUCCGAAGAAACUAAAGAACAUGUUUGGAUUGUAAUGCUUUACGAUGUUGCUAAAUAUGAACAACUUCUUAAAUGGGAGAAUAGAGUUCUGUAUAUCAAAGAUCAAGAUGAAGUUUGGCACCCUAUUAGAGCAUGUUUUAAUCGUAUAGCUUAUAAACCUUGGACUUAUUUUCCUUUAAAUUCUAAGACUGUAGUCUUUAAUAAUACAAUCUCAUGCCUAGCUGGAGGUCACAACAAAAUUAUGGCAUCAAAAUCAUUUGAAUUAUUUAAUACUGAACUUUCCGGAAGUGGGCUUGCUAUUCGUUUUCCAAAAACUGUAUGCAAUAUAAACAAGAGCGAAAUUUUUUCAUGUAUCGAAAAGAUGGGUGGGCAUGCAGUGAUUAAAUCUCCUUAUGGUAGUUGCGGGCAUGGUGUUUACACCAUCACUAAUCCAGAAGAAUUAAAAAAAUUCUUUGAUGCUAAUCAUCAUUACGAAAAAUUUAUUGUACAAUCUCUUGUUGGAAGUGCAUCAUGGUAUACGAAAUUAUGCCCUGAAAAAUAUUACCAUAUUGGUACUGUGUCAAAUUGUCAUAAUCAAACUUUUGUUAAUGACUUGAGAAUGAUGGUAUCUACCGAUGAGACUGGAUUUCAUCCUGUGGUUAUUGUGUCACGACGUGCUCGGGACUCAUGGAAGGUCUUUGGAACAAAUAUAUCUGUUAAAUUAGAUUCUAGUUGGGUGGAAGAACAUGAAAGAUUAAUCACAGUUGACCAGAAAGAGUUUGAUAUUACUGGAUUUGGUAUUGAUGAUUUAAUUGAUGCAUAUGUGCAAACUGUAUUAAGCAUUAUUGCUAUUGAUAAAAUGUGCCAGAAACUUUUUGUUAAUAAUGAGUUCAGUUUUGAAUUAUAUCGCACAUUGAACCCCGAUGAUGUCUUGUUAGAUGAGUUGUUAUUGUAG